CUGUUGAUGGCCAUCAACCCUGGUGACUCUCGACUUCCUCGUUAUAGGGAAGGUACCGCGCUCCCCGUAUUCCGUAAGCAGUCAUUAUCGCAGGCAGUUACCUUAUACCUAACUAAUCGGGAUGUGUGGAGCAAUUUGGCUGAGGUUUACGAGCGAAAAAAGCAAACAGGUUCGGAAAUUUCAGAGUUACCGGAAUGUGGAGCCCCUCCGUUACCGGACGCUGGACCGGACUAUGAACCCACUCAUCAUGGAAUUAUUGAAGGAAUUGUGCAUGUCAAUCCAUGGUUAAUGGAUAUAGGCUCCUACGUGUUCGUCGAAGUCACCGCUCGGUACAGAUACGCUCGAUCUGAACUGGAUCCUUUUGACUGUGAAAUUAACGAAGUAGUAUUUCAAAAUCGAACUCAGCUAAACCCCCCACGAACCUAUACCAAAGAAGGAGCAGCUUCACUAAGACGUCCACCGACGUCGUUAUCCUCGUUUUCGACUCGAACUAGACGGCUUUAUUCCAAAUUGGGAGGCCCGGUUAGUGGAAAGGCAAUGGUCGACGAAGUCCUCAGCUCUUCAGGAGUGUUGCUAGGAAUGGGCAAUAACUCGCGACAAAAGCACACUUUUGUCCCUCAAACGGCAGCCACUGCUUCCUCUGGUUAUCCUGACCACCCAUUUGUUACUUACAACUUCCCGUUUCGUUUCGACAUCAAUGGUGCUCCGGACUCCGUAUAUCUUAAAAACACAGCAUACCCUACGCCUGAUGGGGAAUCACCUCCUCCGAACCGAAUGCGACUUUUCUAUGAAGCUGUAUUUGGAUUCGCACAUCAUGAGUCGGACACGGAUCCUGAUUCGCCAAGUGAACUAGAAGACUCCGACGAUGACAAUGUUUUCAAAAUCAGACAUCCCGGGGAGCCGAUUCGAAUGCGACGGAAGAAACCAAGUAAGGAAAAAAUAAAGCGGCAGUGGGAAAACGAUUUAUUUCAUCCGGACUGUUACCCGUGGAGGCCACGCCCGAAACGAGCCCCGCGAGAUGGUGUGUCCUGGACAAUCAGUGCCUAUGUUGUCCGUACUGCUUCCUCCGCGCCAAAGACCGAUAAUAUUGCCUGUCUGAAGAUUCGAAAAUUGUCUUAUGUCCCUCGCCUCGUCGGAAUAGACCAUAUAAUUCCCCCCAAGUCCCAUACUGAUUAUUGCUUAGCAGUUGGACCUCGAACAGGUUUCGAUGCAGGAGCCAUCACUCUGUUAGCGAAGCUGGAUAAAGUGGUCUAUGCUCCUGGUGAGCCGAUUCAGUGUGAUAUAAAAUUCCACAAUAACUCUGUUCGCCUCAUACACAGACUCAUAAUUGAAGUACAUCAAUGUGUGCGUGUUAAAGCUUGUGCGAAUCGUGUCUGGCGUUCCCUGAUUUGUCGACGUUCGCUGACCGAUGACAGCUUACAGACGGGCAUGCCUGUACUACCUGGCACAGAUAAUAGUUGCCUGCGUGUCACGUUGAAUCCUUGGCCGACAUCCAAGAGCAUCAAGGCUCACUGGGCCUCCCAAACUGGUCCUAUACGCCCAAGUGGGAUCGACAGAAUGGCAGAGGCCUGGGCUAUUCGCCUCCCGAGGAUUGCUGGACAAGAGUUUGCUCUUCAGAGCCCUGGUCGACAUGAACCAGUGCCACCUGAGCAUGUUCAACGAAGGGCUUUGGCUACGUCCUCAUUCAGUGGUGUUCUUGAGUACCUGCUAUCCGAUGAUCAGCUAACAAUCCUGAGGCCACUAAACGAUGAAGACCCACCAAGAGACAUUUGGCAAGGGAAUCCCCAUGCUGCUUGCCGAUGUGUACAUCACAAACGGGAUCCAAACGAACCAGGGCGCUCUGACCGUAUGCCACCUGAGGAGCCUUAUCAAAUUCCGCUCAAUAGCAAAGAUGUUCAUCCAGAGGAUGGGGAAGUGAGUGAAGCAAGAGCCUGGCGCAACGUGCUACAACCAUUCUGUCGGAAAUGCCUGGGCGUCUUGUCCCUAACCCACUAUCCUAUUCAUAUAUCAUACGAAGUGGUGGUACAAGCUGAACUGCUUCCUCAGCAUGAAGAGAACCCACUUUGUUGUGAGUCCACAAUUCGCAAGGCAGGGCUGUCCUCCGGUUUGCUUAUCGACCCCUACGGUGAUGUCAUCGGUCCUGAUGGCCCUCGGAUAACCCUUCCUUGUCUGCUUGCCCACAGAGCACCGUUUCCUGAAGAGCCCAUUCCGCUGGCCAAUUACCAUAUUGAUCAAAGACAAGACUGUAAGGAUCAUGUUGUCAUUCCCCCAAAAAUGUACGAACCGAGUCUUGGCAAGGGGUUUUUCAAGUCGAAAAGUUACCCUAUUGCGCCGUGUUACUCGACUAAUUAA